CAUUUUGUGAGCAUUUCUACUUGCGCGGUUCAAAGGAGCGGUUGUGUGUGUCGGAAAGUUAUAAAGUACUUUUAAUAAAUUUAAUCACUUAAAAUACAAAAUGUCACGUUACCGUGAAUGGGAUCUUUCGUGCAAAGUUUAUGUUGGAAACUUGGGUAGUAGCGCUAGCAAACAUGAAAUUGAAAGUGCGUUUAGUAAAUACGGUCCACUAAGAAACGUGUGGGUUGCCAGAAAUCCACCCGGAUUUGCUUUUGUGGAAUUUGAAGAUCCAAGAGAUGCUGAAGAUGCAGUUAGAGGACUAGAUGGAACACGCUGUUGUGGAACCAGAGUAAGGGUAGAGAUGUCCUCCGGAAGAAGUCGGCGUGGUGGUGGUGGACGGAGACCAGGUCCAAGAUACUCCAGGUCCCGAUCUCGCAGUCCUCGCAGGAGAUCACUGGGUCGUUACCCCAGGUCCUGGCCAAGAAGUCCGCGCAGAUCACCGAUAAGUCGUUGUUCCAGGUCACGGUCCCGUAGCCCUCGCAGGAGAUCACUGACCCGUAGCCGCAGCCGAGAUCGUCGUUCUCGUUCGGAUUCCCGUGACAGACGUUAGGUGCUAAAAGUGUCGAGAGAACGGACCGACUAAUUGUGCCGGAUGGAAGACAAAAGAAAACUGAUUUUAUAUGUACAUAAAGAAACAAUAAUAAUAAUCGUUACCACGCGUACAUACUCGGAUGAAGCAAUGAUGAUAAUAAAGAGUAAAAGACAUUUCAUAUGAUACGAAACAAACACGCAUACUUGCUGAAAUAAAUAUACCGGGGUUGUGAAAUAUAGUGACGUGUGCGGGUUGAAAACAGUACGAUCGAAUGAAUGUCGCGAGUCAAAUCUCCAGCGUCGAAUUUUACGCUUUCUGGAUACUGUAGCACAAUGUGGAUUUGCGCGUUGUAAAGCACACUCGGUGAUUGUAUCCUUGUGGGUAUCGCUUUCCAUUCCGUACGAGUGUUUUGUGUGCAUCUCGCUAUAUUUAUUUCACCAAGUACAGAUACGCUCACUCAUAAACACACAUACACGCGCGCACACACACACACAUUUAGCGUUUAAGUUGUUAAUUUUAUGCACGCAUGAAAGUCAGGUACAUGCGUAAUAUUCUUACACUGAUACACACACGCAGUCUAUGCAUACGUAUACACACAUCUUACACACGCGUGUAUUACACACAUCUUACACACGCGUGUAUUACACACAUCUUACACACGCGUGUAUUACACACAUAGAUGCAGAGUAUACAAAUGUCAGGACAAGGUUUCUUUUGUGACGCGAGCUGCCAAGUGCGUUGGAUAUCCUACGAAAUGUGCUUAUUGCUUUAAAGUGUACGAGUGCGAUAAGAUUCGAUUUACAAUUAAGAAUAAUUAACGAUCAUCAGGAUAUCCGUGAGUGGGAACUGACGGCAGAAUCGAUAUAGACUUUGGGCCAGAAACGUUUCAGUGUGAAGAAGACAUGGAGAGAAAAAAAAAGAAAGAUAUGGUCGUUUUAUGUUGUAUUAAUUAUUUUGUACUCUUACGAAACUAAGGCUAAAAAUAAAAACGUGUAUCGUAUCAUUAUUUUUGCUUUCCUAUUGCAAAUAGCGAUUUGAUGUCUACUGCUAAAUAAUAAUAAAGUACCAACGUAGCAGCAGAUCAGUGUUCGUAACUCGUAC